GCUUACUGACCGCUGGCUGUGGUUUUUGCUGCCAGUCUCUGUGAUGUGACUUGGACUAAUUUUGUACAGAAAAGUUGGAUCCAUGUGACUGGUGGUCAUCUUUUUUUCCUUUAUUUGGUGCGACGGAGUGAUGCAGAGUGGAAAAGAUCGAAUUGGGAAUAAAACUUGGGUUGCGCGCUGGCAUGGCACGUCAGGUGUGUCGCCGGUGCUCGGAUAGAGGCUGUUUCUUUCUGUCAUGGUGUCAAUGUCCGUGGUGAGUUCUCCUGGAGCACCAUGGAGGAAAGAAGGGGACUUUUUUUCUAUCUUCUCUUGGCGGCGCAGCUCUGUCUGAGCUUCACACAAGUCCUCAGAAUUGUGUGCGACCAGCUGGCUCUCGGGGUGGUCGCUGUGUUCGGCCCUUCUCACAGCUCCUCAGUCAGUGCUGUUCAGUCCAUCUGCAAUGCCCUGGAGGUCCCUCACAUACAGACCCGCUGGAAACACCCGUCAGUGGACAACAAAGACACCUUCUUCAUCAACCUGUAUCCCGAGUACACCGCCAUCGCCAGGGCCAUACUGGACGUAGUCACUUUCUUCAAAUGGAGGAAGCUAACGGUGGUCUAUGAAGACAGCACGGGUCUGAUGCGGAUGCAGGAGUUGAUCAAGGCUCCGGCAAAGUUCAACCUGAAGAUCAAAAUCCGGCAGCUGACCCCGGGUAACCAAGAUGCCCGACCGCUGCUUAAGGAACUGAAGAAAGACAAGGAAUUUUUUAUUCUCUUUGACUGCUCCUAUCGCAUGGCUGCGGAGCUCCUUAAGCAGCUUUCAUCAAUGGGAAUGAUGACCGAGUACUACCAUUUCUUCUUCACGACUUUGGAUUUGUUUGCCUUGGACUUGGAGCCGUACCGCUACAGUGGGGUCAACAUGACAGGCUUCAGACUGCUGAACGUUGAUGACCCGUGGGUGGCCUCCACGAUGGACAGGUGGGCCAUGGAAAGACUGCAGGGUCCCAAACAAGAGAGUGGCCUGAUGGAUGGAAUCAUGACUACAGACGCAGCCUUGAUGUACGACGCAGUGUUCAUGGUCGCUGUUGCAUCCCAGCGGGCCACUCAGAUGACCGUCAGCUCCUUGCAGUGUCACCGCCACAAACCCUGGCGCUUCGGACCACGCUUCAUGAACCUCUUCAAAGAGGCACAGUGGGAUGGUCUGACAGGGCACAUUGUUCUUAAUAAGACGGAUGGCCUGAGGAGAGACUUUGAUUUGGACAUCAUCAGCCUCAAAGAGGACGGCACUGCCAGGAUUGCUGUGUGGAACUCGUACAAGGGGAUGAACCUGACGGAGUCCAACCGAGACAAGAAUAACAAUGUGACAGAUUCUCUGGCUAACAGGACUCUUAUUGUAACCACAAUACUGGAAAAUCCAUAUGUGAUGUAUAGAAAGUCGGACAAGGAGCUGGCUGGGAAUGAUCGUUUUGAGGGUUACUGCCUGGACCUUCUGAAAGAGCUCUCCAACAUCUUGGGUUUUACGUAUGAAGUCAGACUAGUGGGUGAUGGGAAAUACGGAGCCCAGAAUGACAAGGGAGAGUGGAAUGGGAUGGUCCGGGAACUGAUUGACCACGUUGCAGACCUUGCUGUGGCUCCCUUGACUAUCACCUAUGUAAGAGAGAAAGUCAUUGACUUCUCAAAGCCCUUCAUGACCUUAGGUAUCAGCAUCCUAUACCGCAAACCUAAUGGCACCAAUCCGGGCGUGUUCUCGUUCCUUAAUCCCUUGUCUCCGGACAUCUGGAUGUACGUGCUGCUAGCCUGCACAGGAGUGAGUUGUGUGCUCUUUGUGAUUGCCAGGUUUACUCCAUACGAGUGGUACAACCCACAUCCAUGCAACCCAUCCUCAACUCUCAUACAGAACAAUUUCACUUUACUGAACAGUUUCUGGUUUGGCGUUGGAGCUCUCAUGCGGCAAGGCUCAGAGCUGAUGCCUAAGGCUCUGUCCACUCGUAUAGUUGGCGGUAUCUGGUGGUUCUUUACCUUAAUCAUCAUCUCUUCCUACACGGCCAACUUGGCUGCCUUCCUCACUGUGGAACGAAUGGAUGCGCCCAUUGACUCAGCAGAUGACCUGGCAAAGCAGACCAGGAUUGAAUACGGGGCAGUGAGGGAUGGAUCCACCAUGACCUUCUUCAAGAAAUCAAAGAUCUCCACCUAUGAGAAGAUGUGGGCAUUUAUGAGCAGCAGGAAGAACACUGCGUUGGUUAAGAACAACAGGGAAGGCAUCACCCGGGUCCUGACGACAGACUAUGCUAUGCUGAUGGAGUCCACCAGCAUUGAGUACAUCAGCCAGAGAAACUGCAACCUGACACAGAUCGGAGGUCUCAUAGACUCGAAGGGUUACGGAGUGGGAACACCUAUUGGUUCUCCAUACAGAGAUAAAGUGACCAUUGCCAUCCUUCAGCUGCAGGAGGAAGGGAAGCUACACAUGAUGAAGGAGAAGUGGUGGAGAGGCAAUGGCUGUCCAGAGGAGGACAACAAGGAAGCCAACGCUCUGGGUGUGGAAAACAUUGGUGGUAUCUUCAUCGUCCUGGCUGCCGGUCUGGUUCUCUCUGUGUUUGUGGCUAUCGGAGAGUUCAUCUACAAGGCCCGCAGGAACGCUGACAUAGAGGAGGCCUUUUGUUUCUUUUACGGGGUGCAGUCCCGUCAGUUCCAGCGGCGUGGCUCCACCUCCUCCUCUGGCACCUCCUUAUCUACUGAUCUGGAGAGCGGCAGGCUACUGGGGGAUGACACAGAGUAGCCAUGGCAGCACAUUUACAACACAUACACACUCUAGACUAUAGGUUUGUAACCAGGUGUCCUUCUUUCUGCCCCCAUUGAAAAUACUCCAGUAUACCUGCACCCGUGUCAGCCAACCCCAAUUACCGUUGCCAUUUUACCUUCAAUAACUGACCCUCGUGCUCACACUACUUGUAAAAAUGUUAAGUAGAAUGUCAAGUUCAUUCCUUUUGUUCUAAGGCCAGUGUUGCAUUAUGACAA